CCUCUCCUCCCCCGCCCUGCCUGUUCGCUCCGCUGCGGUGCAGCUCUCCUCCGCUCGGUCGUCUCCUCGCCUGUGAAGCCGCGCUGCAGCGUCCGCGUCGCCGCCUCCUGAUCCGUACAUCUGUCUCUCAGCUGCUGCGCCUUCUCCGCCUCAAUCAUGGGAAACGAAGCCAGUUACCCCCUGGAAAUGUGCUCACACUUCGAUGCUGAUGAGAUUAAGAGGCUGGGAAAGAGAUUCAGGAAACUGGACCUGGAUAACUCGGGUUCCCUGAGCGUGGAGGAGUUCAUGUCGUUGCCAGAGCUCCAGCAGAAUCCUCUCGUGCAGCGAGUUAUCGACAUAUUUGACACCGACGGAAACGGAGAGGUCGACUUCCAAGAGUUCAUUGAAGGUGUCUCCCAGUUCAGUGUUAAAGGUGACAAGGAGCAGAAGUUGCGCUUCGCUUUCAGGAUCUACGACAUGGACAAAGACGGCUUCAUCUCCAACGGCGAGCUCUUCCAGGUCCUGAAGAUGAUGGUGGGCAACAACCUGAAGGACACCCAGCUUCAGCAGAUCGUCGACAAAACCAUUAUCAACGCAGACAAAGACGGAGAUGGAAGGAUAUCGUUUGAGGAGUUUUGCGCAGUCGUAGGUGGGUUAGACAUUCACAAGAAGAUGGUGGUGGACGUCUGAGUCCCUUCCUCCUCCUUCAUCGACGUCUGUAUUUGGAAACAUUUUCUGUGUGCUCCCUCGACCCCCGGCCCCCUGGGGUCACCCGAUGUCCUCGAGUAUUAAACAGGAUCUCAGUGACUUUCACAGCAGAUGAUGACCUUUUCACGCAGAACAGAAAUGUGUAUGUACUGUAUGUUGUGCUGCUUUUUCCAGCUGUGUAGGUUUUAUUUUACCAUCAUCUUUAGCGUGAGUGUGAUCACAGCAACACAAACAGUGUGAUGUGCCAACAAACCCCCAGUAACACACAAAGCCUUUGUGUCUCUUCAGUGCAUUAGUUAAUUACAGAGCUAUGUUAAUUAGACAUUUACAGCUUCCACCAAAACACAGGAGGACGUUCAGAGUGACACGUCUCUGGGUCACAGCCAGGACAUGAAUGUGUCCGUGUGUCUGGGACAAACUUAGAACCAAAUCAGACGCCCAAGAACCUGAGGAUGAUAAAUCCUCUGACCUCUGGUGGAUCGGCUUCAUGCACAGCCACGCAUCGUUACUAUUCCUACAAGUGGUCGUGAGCGAGCCGCUCCACCAGGGGGCAGAGCAGGGUCCUGGAAGCAGCUCGGAUCAAAGUGCUUCUUUAUUUAUCUGAACCCAGACAGCAGCACAUGCAGCGUCCUGCACGACGAAGGCACUGACAACACGUAACAUUGAAUUGUUGAAUGUGGCCGACGGCAGCAGCCGCUCAACCUGGCGUUCUCACUCCUCCACUUCCUCUUAGUGUCAGCGAAGUCAUUCUGCUCAUCUACAGUUAGCAUGAACACAACUCUGGUUGGACUGAACAGGUGUGUGCUGGUUCUGCCGUGUUUGCAUGACGUGGACUGGAUCCUCCUUGUGCCUCCUGCAUGUCCAUCGGUGUCUUUUCUGAGCUGCUACACAGGUUUUAUCCAACGAUUCAAAUGUUUUCAAGUACUAAUAAUCCUUUGUGUGCAUGCAUCAUGACAACGUGGUGAAACAUGCAGGUCCGAGAUGUCCCGAGCUCGGUUCCGUUCAGGGCUUCGUAUCUGAGCGAGGGACUAGUUUAGCACAUCUGGACCCAACGCUUUAGUAAAGUAGAUCAUAUAACGAUAGUUUGUUUGCUUUCAGUGUAACUAUAUGGAUCAUAUAUUUUAUGACUUAUGUUCCUGCUGUAAUUUAGUUUUGUACAUUUAAUGAAAUCCAGUGAGACCACGUUUGUGUUUACAUAUAAAUAAGUGUGAUCAACUUUUUAGGUGCAUGAAUGUUGCCAAAUGUAAACAUGGAAAUGUGAUCUUUAAACGACUUGAUUUGUGUUUUUUAGCUUGGAAUCGUUUUGUACAGUUUGUUUUCUUUUGGGUCGGUGCCGACGACUUUUCUCUCGGUUCGUUGGGAUGUUCGGACUUUGACAUUUACUCCUGCUCAUGUUUUUGGUUGUGGUGGAAUAAAGUGUGAAUUUCA